GAAAUCAGUACGCGUGGUUCAUUUAAUAUUUUUCCUUUCCGCUAAAGAUUAAAACAUCAUUAUAAUUAUUGAAAAUCACUUUAUUAGAUGUUCAGCAUUGUUAACCCUUUUAUAGGACAGAACGAAAAUUGUACUACAUAACCUCAAUCUCUGGAGGCCCGUAAAUCGGAUAAGGCCUACUGCUUUCUUUGAAGCAAAUAUACAGCUAUCAAAACGCAGUGGAUGACUUUUUUUCCUGGCCUCCGGCGACAUUCUUCAAAGAAAGCAACAUGCCGAAACAGAUUCGAACGACUGUUACGUCCAGUAUAAGCAACUGUGACCAGAUGAUGUGGACAAUCUUGUCCAGUGCGACGUUUGUGAUUCCUGGUGGCACUUCUCUUGUGCCAGGGUCACGGAUUCCAUAAGCGAUCGGUCGUGGACCUGCUUCAAUUGUGCAAGUGAAGACAGUAUGUUCUUUAAAAGCGGAAUAUCCGGGCUAAGCGGCUAUCAUCUAGCGGAAUGUAUCGCUCGGUUGAAGGAAAAACAAGAACUGGAGAGAAGACAACUAGAGUUAGACCUACAGAAAAAAUUUCUGAAUAAACAGCAAAAGUUGUUAGAUGACAUGGUGGAAGCACACGCGAAUAAUUACAAGAGUAACGAAAGCUUCCAAAUAGUAGACGAAUGGAUACGGUGUAACGAGGAACAGGAAGAAGGCGCGGUCGGCGGAACGAAACCACCAGCAGCCUCUCAGUUCCAGCAGCUACAACCAAUAUCGAAACCUCAUCGUAACGACAACAACCCUUCCAAAUAUCAACGGAAGCAGGAACUGCGAGAACAGUAUCAACACAAACAGAAAUAAGCCGAGAAGCUGCUUCAGGAAUUGCAGUGUCAACUGGACGAGUGUGAGAAACAAUUAGCAGGAUUUGAAUUACCGGCUCGAACUCGACGUAAUGUCUCCGACAACAGUGUGCAGUUGAGAUUGCCAGGAAGGAUUUUGAAAACCCACCCAAUGUAUAAAGAAUUGCGUAUUGAUUCAAAUCCAGAAAUGUUUUCGACAGAUAACGAGCAACAGCGGGAUAGACGCGCGUUUUUCGGUGUAAGUGGAGGUAGACAGCGAGAUGAAUUCCACCUGAAGUCCGAAGUUUCUUUCGAUACCAACGUGCAGCGGCGCGACAAACGAUUCGAUGUUAUCGACGACAAGCAACGAUGUGAUAGCCACCCAUACUCCGGAUUCAAUGCAGAGCAGUUUAGCAACGUGCGAACUCAAAUUGGUCCUGGCGCAAAUGGGCCAUACGUAUGUCAUGAAAAGUUAAAUCCUCAAGGUCACUUUGUUUAGUCUGACAUGCGAGAUCCAUCGGAAUGGCCUAUGUUUAUUUCCAAGUACAACUACACCACUGCGGCAUGUGGUUAUACAUACGGAGAAAACAUGAUCAGACUUCAAAGAUGUUUGAAAGGACAUGCACUUGAAAUGGUCCGAAAUAGAUUGGUAUUGCCUGAAGCGGUCCCGAACGUCAUAGAGACACUCCGUAUGCGAUAUGGUAAACCAGAGGUGCUGAUUAACACACUCCUUCAGAAGGUUCGGUCGAUUCCAAUUCCAAAAUCAGAUAAGCUUGAGGGAUUCAUUGAGUACGGUAUGGCAGUGCAAGCCUUAUGUGAGCAUAUUGAAGCUGCAAAUGAGCACGCCCAUCUCUCUAAUCCCACACUGCUUCAGGAACUAGUUAAUAAGUUGCCGACCGAGCAAAAGAUGACGUGGGCUGCGUAUAAGCGAAACCUACCAGCUGCGUCUGUCAAUCUAAAGACGUUUGGGAAUUAUAUGACGGGAGUUGUCCAAGACGCAUCCAGUGAGGUGCUGUUCGAUUUAGAUAGCGUGAAAGCUUCGAGCAAAGAUAAAGUGAAACUGAAAGGAUUUAUAAACUCCCAUACUCCGGAAACGUCAAUGGAAACGUCUGAACCCAAGCAAAUCAAGUGUCUUUCCUGCAGUGAGGUGAACCACUAUUUGCCGGACUGUGAGAUGUUUAAAAACUUCAACGUGAUUGAGCGCUGGCGGAAAAUCCGUGAACUGAGGCUUUGUCAGAAUUGUCUUUUUGGACACGGAAGACGUACGUGUCGUAGCAGCAGUCGAUGCAAUAUCGACUAUACUUCAUUGUGCUAAGCAGAUUAACGCUGAAACUCCGAUAUCACGCUCAUCGUUUUCUCGAUUCGAGCCUCCUCUUUCGGGUGAUUCCAGUCACUCUACGGAUAGUUGGGCAAUGUUGAUGUGUUUGCCUUUAUUGACGAAGGAUCCUCGAUAACCUUAAUGGAAAGUGAGCUGAUCUCACAAUUGGGAGUUAAUGGCAAUCCACAACCCCUAUGUCUCCACUGGACAGGAAAUACGUCGCGGAACGAAAAGAAAGACAGAAAGUUUCCCUGGAGAUUUCCGGUGUGGGUAAAACUAAACAUUACACGAUUUCGGAAGCUCGAACCGUAAGUCAGCUGAACCUGCCUUCGCAAAACUUCAACUACGAAGAAGCGGUAAAACGAUAUGAAUAUUUAAAACAAGUUCCGGUACGAGGAUAUCACAAUGUUAGUCCCAAGAUACUGAUUGGGAUUGACAAUCUGCGGCUCACUCUACCGUUGAAAGUGAGAGAGGUGAAUGGAUCUGGUCCGGUAGCUGUGAAGACAAGACUGGGUUGGUGCGUUUACGGACAACAACAAACCUCUUCCAACGAUGUUUAUAGCUUUCACACGUACGAGUGCACGCCCAGUUAUGAUAUACACGAAACAUUGAAACAGUAUUUCUCGGUGGAAGAAGCAAGUGUGACACAGUCAAAGGUAGCCCUUUCGAAAGAAGAGCAGCGAGCGUGGAAUUUGUUAGAGAGUACAACUAAGCGCGUUGGACAUCGAUUCGAGGUUGGAUUAUUAUGGACGCAGGAUGACGUCGAAUUUCCCGAUAGCUAUCCUCUGGCAUUGCGUAGAUUGGAAUGUCUGGAAAAGCGUAUGGAACGUAACUCAGUACUUAAAGAAAGUAUACAUCGUCAGAUAAACGAAUACCUGGAUAAAAGAUAUGCACACAAAGUGUCUGCUGAAGGACUUUUAAAUGCAAAUCCGUGAAAAAUUUGGUACGUCCCCUUAGGAGCAGUCCUAAACCCUAAAAAACCAGGGAAAGUGCGGAUUAUUCGCGAUGCUCGUGCUAAGGUGCUAGGCGUAUCAUUGAAUUCGUUUCUUCUGAAAGGACCGGAUCUACUGACGUCACUUAUUGCAGUUCUGUUUGGAUUUCGAUUGUAUCAGGUAGCAGUUACGGCGGACAUACAAGAAAUGUUCCAUCAGCUAUUGAUGCGCGUUGAUGACAAGUACUCCCAAUGCUUCCUCUUUCGUCUAAAUCCUGCUGACCAGCCAGAAACCUACGUCGACGAGUGGAGAUGGGUCCCAACAAAAAUGAAUCCGGCGGAUGAAGCUACCAAGUGGGGAAGCGGGCCAUAUUUUAGCGCUGAUACUAAGUGGUUUCAUGGACCGAACUUUUUGCGGCUAACAGAAGACGAGUGGCCACGUUUUGUUAGACAAACAGUGUCGACUACAGAAGAGAUAAGACCGUCAAUGCUGCACCACAAAGAAGCGAAGCCUCUAAUCGACUACGAAAGAUUUUCUCGCUGGGAAAGGCUUAUCCAUAUGAUGGUUUAUGUGAAGCGUUUUAUAAACAGUACAAGAUCAAAGCAGACGAAAUAUUUCGGGAAUCCUCAACAGGAAGAACUACAAGCAGCAACAACAAGAAUUCUGAAAAUGGUACAACAUGAGGCGUACCCGGACGAGCAGCUCACUCUGACGAAUAAUACAUCUUCGCCGAUAGAGGAACGAACGAUGAUAGAGAGAACUAGUGUACUAUACCAGUAUUGUUCCGUAAUUGACGAUCAAGGCGUGAUUCGUCAAAAUAGCCGAAUUAGAACAGCAGACCAUCUUCGGUACGACAUACGAUAUCCGGUCAUACUCCCUAAGGAUCACCUAGUCACUUCACUACUCAUUGAUUGGUACCACCGGCUAUAUCGGCAUUGCAAUACAGAGACUGUUGUUAAUGAAAUUCGUCAGUCGUAUAUUAUUCCGAAACUUCGCACUAUGGUGAAGAAGGUUUCACGCAGCUGUCAGUAUUUUAAAGUCCGCAAGAUAAUACCACAAGUCCCACCAAUGGCCCCUAUACCAGCAGUAAGACUCAUUGACCAUGUUCGUCCCUUCACCUAUGUUGGAGUGGACUAUUUCGGUCCGCUGCUUGUGAAGAUUGGGAGAUCGAACUGCAAGAGAUGGGUCGCCUUAUUCACCUGCUUGACGGUGCGCGCGGUGCAUUUAGAAAUAGUGCACAAUUUGUCGACUCUAUCAUUCAUCUCGUGCGUACGCAGAUUUGUCAGUCGUCCAGGAGCUCCAGUAGAAUUCUUCUCAGACAACGGAACAAAUUUCCAUGGCGCGGAGAGAAUCCUUCGAGAACAGAUAAGUGAGGGACUGUGUGCAACAUUUACCAGCGUCUCUACGAGAUGGACAUUUAUUCCACCUGCGGCUCCGCAUAUGGGCGGCGCAUGGGAGCGCCUUGUUCAGUCGGUAAAAGUAGCAAUGGGUGAGGCUUAUUCAGAUGGAAAAUUGGAUGAGGAAGGAUUCCAAACUCUAGUUGUUGAAGCGGAAGGUAUAGUCAAUUCAAGACCAUUAACAUACUUGCCUCUCGAUUCCGAGGACUCAGAAGCACUAACCCCAAACCACUUUCUGCUGGGAAGCUCAACUGGAGUUAAGCAGCUUGCAGUUGCCAUCAAGGAUCAGGUCGGAUUUCAACGGGAAACGUGGCGGAAAAUUCAACGCUAGCUAAAUAUUUUUUGGCAACGAUGGCUUAAAGAAUACUUGCCAGUGAUUCGCCGGCAAGCCAAGUGGUUCAGUGAAGUUCGUGCUUUGCGUGAAGCCGACUUGGUGAUGAUAGCUGAAGAUGGCGUUCGUAACGGAUGGAUAAGAGGACGCGUAGAUCGAGUUUUUCAGGACAAGGAAGGAAGAGUCCGACAAGCCUUUGUUAAAACGUCUAGCGGUAUGCUGCGGCGCCCUGUGUCCAAGCUCGCCGUUUUGGACUGUGGCAAGGAUUCUAGUACAGUCUUGGGAGAUACCAAGAUGCACCCGGGGGAGGAUGUCACCGCAGCAGCUGAGUCGGCAACCCUGCCGAGUUUGAAAGCCCCACAGGAAAAGAACAGUUGACAAGUAGAAAAGCUGUCAGAGUGUAGAAAUGAGUACGCGUGGUUCAUUUAAUGUUGGCAACACUUGCCUGAAUGCACCUUCCAAUUAGAUCAGACUUUGGCCAACACGUACCUUCAGUGACGGGUAGACCAAUACGUCACUGGGUGAGUAGAAGGAAACGUAAAAAAAAAACAAUAACACAGAUCAACAAUUGAAUUCAUCGCUUAUGCAUUGCUUAUGGAAAUCUUAUGAAUUGUAAAGUGCUUAUAUUCUAUUAAUCUUAAAACUAAAUCUUAAAUUUAACUAUCUAAAGCGUCCAAUAGGUAAGAGAUGAGAUUUGUACUAAAAGGUAUCUAAACCUAAACUUAAACUAACUAGGACUAGGACUUAUUACAUAAUUACAAACUACGACUACGGCUACGACUACGGACUACGACUAGAAACUACGAUUAGAGACUACGACUAGGGCAUACGACUAAACCUACUGAAGAGUUAACGCUCGGGAACUCAUUAAAUUGGGAAAAGGGAAAACUAAACGUAUGUCUAAAUCUAUCCUUUUGUACCUACCUGAUGAACAAAAUAGUUAAUAAUUAAAAUUGUAACAGGAAAUUAUAUUCUCGCAAAAUUGGAUCACACGACUUUCAUUCACUUCCAAGAAUUCGAGAAUUAUAAAUUCGGAAACUUCCCGUUGAAAUUCAUUUCAACAUUUAAUAUUUUUCCUUUUCGCUAAAGAUUAAAACAUCAUUAUAAUUAUUGAAAAUCACUUUAUUAGAUGUUCAGCAUUGUUAACCCAGAACGUAUGUAGGAAGACUAUUUGUUCAUAAAAAAUAACGAUAACAAUUUGCAUUACUUCAACAGAAAAAUUGUACUACAUAACCUCAAUCUCUGGAGGCCCGUAAAUCGGAUAAGGCCCACUGCUUUGUAAGACAGAUUUAAAAACUAACUGUAUGACAUAAAUAUAGAAAUACUUUGUUCCAGCUUUAAUAGCAAAUAAACAGCUAUCAAAACGCAGUGGCUGACUUUUCUUCCUGACCUCCGGCGACAGGCUGGUUGCGAAAGAAUAGAAGAAAACAUAGAUGAUGAAGUCACUUUGGCAAUUGAGCAAAUUCAGAUAAGACCCUAGGCGACAGCGCCCAAUAUAGGUCAGUGAAGAAGGUGAUAAGGAACAUAUGCAUGGAGUGUAUUUAUUUGUUCAGGUCUUCUCUCUUACAUCGCGAGUGUACUCAACGCGGAGGGCUAAACAAGAACAGGGCCGCAAACAGAUGGAGAAAAUUCCCAUGCGGCAAUUAGGCUUACGGAUAACCGAUGUGUUUGGUUAUCUGACUAGUAAAGAUAAGUUCUUUCCGUUUUCAGAUACAUUCCGUUCCGUUUCAGAUACAUUCCGGAGUACCUCAGGGCAGUAUUUUGGGGCCGUUGCUCUUUGCUCAUUUUAUCCGUUAUGCUCUUAGGAAUCUUAACUGGAGAGAUAGAACGAAUCUACCAGGGUACGAAAAUCGUUGUAUGCUGAUUGACCUGCCAACAUUAGAAAUCAGACGAGCACUUCUUCAGCGAUUACUCGUCUUUCAUGUCCUGACUAAUUACAUUGACUGUGCUAAUUUAUUGGCAAAACUUCGCUUCAAAACACCUCCUCGAGUGACGAGACAAUCAGAUUUUUUCCGCCGAUCGAACCACCGCACCACCUAUGGAAUGAACAAUGGACGUCUGUUGCAACAAGUUCAACGAAGUGGCUCAUGUGUUUGACUUUGGUGUAUCCAAAAACGUGUUUAGACUUAGACUUAAUAGAGGAAAAUGUCUGUACGAUUUUUAUUUCGAAGAUAAAUAAAAAAAUAAAUAAAAAGGGAAUCCAAAUAAAUAAAUAAAUAAAUAAAUAAAGGGGAAAUUUUGUAGCGGCUGCUACAAAAUGGCGGAUUACAUAUUUUCUCAAAAUCUCAUCAAUAUGGGUAUCAAACGAAAGGGCUUGAUUAGUAGACAGUUCUUCAUGAAAAAUGGAAAUCCGAAAUGGCCGUCACUACAAGAUGGCAUCAUAUUUUUUUCAAAACC